GUCUGUACUAUUCCUGCAACUAAUGCUGGUGACAGCUUUCUUGUAAACUGCACACUUGAUGCAAUAUCAAAUACCCCCACACUACCAAUAUCUAUUCGGGUUUAUGGCACUGUGGGAGCGCAAACUAGUAUAAUGGGUUGUGCACAAAUAAUUGCAUUUUGA